CCAGCCUUCUAUCCUCCUCUUCAACCCCCGCCACAUGGUUACAGUGAAGUACAUAAAUCAGGCGCCACGGCUGCUGUGAGAGCCGAGGAGAGGAGGCAGACAGGAGGAGUGCACACAUGCACAUCACACCGUCACGGCUCGUCGCUGCUACUGCAGCCGGUGCAGCGGAGGAGACUCGCUCGGCUUUUAUCCAUCACAUGGAGGCGGAAUGGCUUGAGCUCAGUCAACGCGGACUCGUCUCGAUCGGCUGAUUGCACGAUGCUCUUCUGACUGUCUGCCUUUCUGUGUGUGUGUGUGUAUGUGUGUGUGUGUGUGAGAGAGAGAGAGAGUGAGAGAGAGAGAGAGCGAGAGUGUGUGAGUGUGUGUGUGAGUGUGCGUGUGUGUGUGUGUGUCCAUCCGUCCGUCUUGCCGCGAAUUGCUGCAGUGCUGUUUUUCCAGGUGUUGUGGUGUGUGUGAAUGUGUGUGUGAGUGUGUGUGCGCGCGUGUGUGUGCGUGUGUGUGAACGUGUGUGAUGUUGUAGCCUGGUGUAAUUCUCUUACGAAUUGGACUAAGCCGGGGAACGGAGUCUGAUGUCACAUGUGCUUCAUCGGAGGAAACGGGGCAUCUGCAAGCUGGAUUUUGUGGAGGAUGCUGCGGCAAGUGAUACACAGAGGGCUCAAGGCUUCGUUCUACUGGCUGGGCUUAUUCGUUAGCAGGCACCCCGUUUUCUUCCUCACUGUCCCCGCGGUCCUCACCAUCAUUUUCGGAUCUACCGUUCUCAGCCGAUUCAAGCCGGAGACGGACCUGGAGGUGCUGGUCGCCCCGACUCACAGCCUCGCCAAGAUCGAGCGGAGUCUCGCCAACAGCCUGUUUCCCAUCGACCAGUCGAAGCACAAGCUGUACUCGGAUUUGCACACCCCGGGCAGAUAUGGCAGGCUGAUCCUGCUCGCCAAGUCCGGGGGAAACAUCCUGGAGCUAGCCGACCAGGUCCUGCAGGUCCACAAGCAGGUGCUGGAUUUACGCGUUAAUUACAAGGGAUUCAAUUACACGUUCGCGCACCUCUGCGUCUUGAGCCACAGAGACAAGCGCUGCCUCUUGGAUGAUAUCAUCACCAUCUUCGAAGAUAUCAGGCAGGCUGUGCUCUCCAACAGCACUUUCCUCAAGGUGCCCGUGAGCUAUCCAAACACAACAUUAAAGGAUGGCCGCGUGUCCUUCAUCGGCCACCAGCUGGGCGGCGUGUCCUUCUCGCCCAACAGCCGAGACCAGCAGGUCAAGUUCGCCCGCGCCGUACAGAUCACCUACUACCUCCGCAACCACGGCCCCGUGGUGCAGGAUGCCAUCGCCGAGCGCUGGGAGAACGAGUUCUGCGCCCUGGUCAGCCGGCUGUCCACGUCCGAGGCGCCGCACGCGACCGACCAGCUCCACAUCCAGUCGCUCACCUCCUUCAGCCUGUGGCGGGACUUCCACCAGACGGGCGUGCUGGCCAAGGGGGAGGUGCUGGUCAGCCUGGUGCUGGUGCUCCUGGCCGCCACCAUCUCCAGCUCCAUGCGAGACUGCCUGAGGGGGAAGCCGUUCCUGGGCCUCCUGGGAGUCCUGACCAUCUGCAUCGCCAACGUGACCGCCGCGGGGAUCUUCUUUAUAUCAGACGGGAAGUUCAACUCCACGCUGCUGGGGAUCCCAUUCUUUGCCAUGGGCCAUGGAACCAAAGGAGUGUUCGAGCUGCUAGCUGGCUGGAGGAGAACGAGGGAAAACCUCCCCUUCAAGGAGCGCGUGGCGGACGCUUUUGCCGACGUGAUGGUGUGCUACACCAUGACCAGCUCGCUCUACAUCAUCACCUUCGGCAUGGGUGCCAGCCCUUUCACCAACAUCGAGUCGGUGAAAAUUUUCUGCCAGAGCAUGUGCGUCGCCAUACUGGUCAACUACUUCUACGUUUUCUCUUUCUACGGCUCCUGCCUGGUGUUUGCCGGACAGCUGGAGCAGAACCGCUACCACAGCGUUUUCUGUUGUAAAAUCCCCUCGGUGGAGUAUCUGGACCGGCAGCCCACUUGGUUUAAAACCAUGAUGAGUGACGGCCAUGACCUGUCCACGCACCACGACAGUGUCCCCUACCAGAAUCACUUCAUCCAGCACUUCCUGCGAGAGCACUACACAGAGUGGAUUACCAACACUUAUGUCAAACCCUUUGUCGUCAUUCUCUAUCUCAUCUACGCCUCCUUCUCAUUCAUGGGAUGUUUACAAAUCAGUGAUGGGUCGAAUAUCGUCAACCUGCUGGCCAGUAACUCUCCGAGCGUUUCGUAUGCUCUGACCCAGCAGAAAUACUUCAGUAACUACAGUCCUGUGAUCGGGUUUUACAUUUACGAGCCCAUCGAGUACUGGAACUCCACGGUGCAGGAGCACCUGAAGACCCUGAGUCAUGGCUUUAACAAGAUCUCCUGGAUGGACAACUUUUUCCACUACCUGCGGGUGGUCAACGUCAGUGCGUCAACAAAGAGCGACUUCAUCUCCAUCCUGAAAGGCUCCUUCCUGCGCAGCCCGGAGUACCAGCACUUCACCGAGGACAUCAUAUUCUCCAAGAACCGUGAGACUGACGAGUACGAUAUCAUUGCCUCGCGGAUGUACUUGGUGGCGCGGACGACAGAGAAGAAGCGCGAGGAGGUGGUGGAGCUUCUAGAGAAGCUUCGUCCGUUGAUGCUAAUCAACAGCAUCAAGUUCAUUGCCUUCAAUCCCACAUUCGUGUUCAUGGACCGCUACAGCUCCUCCGUCAUCUCGCCCAUCCUGACCUCAGGCUUCAGUGUGCUCACUAUCCUUAUCCUCACUUUCUUCCUGGUCAUCAACCCCUUGGGGAACUUCUGGCUCAUCCUCACGGUCACAUCCGUGGAGCUGGGUGUCUUGGGUUUGAUGACCCUCUGGAACGUUGGCAUGGACAGCAUCUCAAUCCUGUGCCUUAUUUAUACCCUCAACUUCGCCAUGGAUCACUGUGCACCACACCUGUACACUUUUGUGCUGGCCACCGAGCACACUAGGACGCAGUGCAUCAAGUUGGCACUGGAGGAGCACGGGGCCGCCAUCCUGCAGAACACAUCCUGCUUUGUGAUCGGGAUCAUGCCCCUGGUGUUUGUGCCUUCCAAUCUGACCUACACACUGUUCAAGUGCUCCCUCCUCACUGCGGGCUGCACUGUGCUGCACUGCUUCGUCAUCCUGCCGGUCUUCCUGACCUUCUUCCCGCCCUCCAAAAAGAGACACAAGAAAAAGAAACGGGCCAAGCGGAAAGAGCGGGAGAGGGAGAGGGAACGGGAGAGGGAGAGGGAAAGAGAAAGGGAGGAGAUAGAGUGCAUUGAAGUCAGGGAGAAUCCUGAUCAUGUGACAAACGUCUGAGUAGUCUGUAAUUUUAGCAGUGCACAUCAGUGGGUAUCCGUCAAAGUUAUUGGUGGAUGAGAGGUGUUCUCCAAUUGUUAGGCGCCUCUAGAGGUGCAGGGGAGUCCGAUAUGUCCCCUGAGGAGUGGGCACUCGUCACUCCCAACGAAUAGCAGCUAAGCUGGCCAGAGUAGAGCGCAGCCCCACUGGUCAGUCAUUCAGUCCUUCAGUCUGGACAGUGUAUCUCAUUUGCACAAACUGCAACAUGCUCAUGGUUCUAAAGCUCUUUCCCAACUAUUUGGAAUUUAAAAAAACAAGUUAAUUGCCAGAACCUAUGCUUGCUAAAUCUGUAAGUAAAUUCUAAACACACAGUAUGUUAGUCCAUUUCAAUAUUAGCAAUUCUAUGUUCAUCUCCUGCAGCCCCUUACCUCAAACACAGCGAGUGAGGAGCAUAGCAGUCUGUUGGUGAAAGUGCUUAGGGUGAUGAUACAAAGGUGUGCAGAUUAUACCUGUGCACAAGACGACUGUGCACGCACCUUACUCCUCACACCUUGAUAACAAAACCAAAUUCUGUGGAAAGAGAGAAACUGUGGACCGAAAGCACACUGCAUGCUUUUCUCUAACAUGACAAACAGCUGAACAGCUGAACUGGGCAGAUGGCAUACACUGUGUCCAUUAUGAAGAAUUAUCUUGCACAUUGCAUUAUGUGAAUAGAACUGUCGAGGUUUAUAUAAGCAGGAAGGAGGCAAAUAUUUCAGAAGUCAUAUGAGGUCUUAGGCAAUGGCAACAGAAACUGCAGUGGGCUGCAGCCUAUGAAGAGGAAAUGAUAAGUGACUAUUGUGCAGCAGUAUUCUGAAAGGCAGUAAUCUUAGAGUAUGACUUACGCAAAUCCUGAACUGCUUUUGCAGACCAGUAAAAACCAAAAGUGAAGAGGAGUUUCCAAGGCGGGAAAUAUCAAACUUUCUAGAAGAUUGAUAACAAUGGGGAAAUUUCUGUGAGUGCAAAUAUCUUUGUGAUCCACUCACCGGCGUGGCACCGGUAAUUGGAAGUUCUGAAUGUGAUUCAAUAGUCGGUGGUGCCAUCAACUUUUCUUUGACAGAUUUCUAUAAAAAAAAAACAACAAACAAACAAAUAAACAAAAAAAAAUCUCAGUUAAGUUUAAACUUUCACACAAAAAAACAACCAUGACUCAUGAAUUGUUCCAGCUGAUUUGAAUGAUUGCUAUUCAGUGUUGUUCAGGUUUGUGAAGCAGAUUAUGAAGCAGGCUUUAGAUUAAGCAGCAAGGUACUUUCUGGAAAGUGCACUGUCUCUGAAUAGAGCUGAAGUGAAACUACAACUUACGGGUUUUGUUCCAAAUGUAAGAAAGUUCCAUUGAAAAUCACAUUAAUAAAGCGAAUGACUAAAAACCCAGCCCUGCAACAUAACCCUGCUGAAGAGCAUGUUGUUCACUCCGUUUGUCUAGACAGGAAUGGUACACUUGUUUUAUUAAUAUUUUUUUUUUUUUUUAUGUUUAUGUCUUUAUCAGCUGAACUAGUCAUUAUUUUUAUGUUGACAUUGCAUCGAAUGACUAAGUGUAAAAUGAAAGGGGUCGAUCAUAGGAACAGGGUCAUCACCCGACUCUGCUUCAGUUCCCCUCAACCUUUUAGCAUCAGCUUAACUGUUUCGGUUCACUCUCACCACUCUCAUCAACCGUGUUUCCAGCAGCCGGCAGCUUUUGCCGGUGACACAGCUUCAUCAAAGCUUCCCUACGCUACCUGCCCUGCAGCAAACAGCAGGCAAACAAACUUAGUAACUACCAGAUGAACAUAGUGGAGCACUUAGCAGCGAAAGAGCCUGACAUUUUUUCCGAAGGAGUUGGUGGAGACCAAAACAGGGCUAGAGUGGAGAUUCAAUACGACUCCAAGUGAGUGCUAAUGCUACUCCGUUGUCUGCUGGAUGUGUACAUAGGGAGUUGUUUGCUAACUAAUUUGCCACAUAUAUUUAAAAAAGGUGAUGAAUUGUCGACGCUUUGUUUUGUUCCUGCUGCUCGCAUGUGGCCAAAAAGCAAAACCAACUAAUGCUGCUUUAAUGAAAACCCAUUCCCUGAGACUAAGGCCAUCUUGGGUUAAUGUCAACAGCUUGAUAGACUGGAUAUCAUGGACAGGCUACUAGCUAAGGAAUUAACAGUCAUGAUGUAAAACACCUGCAAGGCUAUGCUCGGAAAGUUUCAUAGAUUUUUUGUUUUAAUGCUAAUAAAUUAAUCCUUUAACUUUGUUAUAAUCAUGAAGGUUCUGCAUAAUAGCAUAUACACUCACUGAGCACUUUAUUAGGAACAUCAUACUAAUACUGGGGAGGGCCUCAGCCUCAGUUCUUUGUGGCACUGACGCCAGAAGAUGUUGGAAACUUUCCUCUGAGAUCGUACUCCAUGCUGACCAGAUCGCAUCACAUCAUUUCUGCAAAUUCAUCAGCUGGUGAGUCAGUGUCCACUGCAGCCUCAAAGUUCUGCUCUUGGCUGACAGGGGUGAAAUCUGAUGUGGGUCGUCUGAUGUUGUAGUCCAUCCACCUCAGUGCUCUACUUUCUGAGAAGCUUUUCUGCUCACCACAGUUGUAAAGGGUGGUUAUCUGAGCUACCAUAGUUCUGUCAGCUCCACCAAGUUCGGCCAUUCUCCUCUGACCUCUUUCAUCAACUAGACAUUUUUGUUCACAGAGCUGAUGCUCGUUGGACGUUUUUGUUUUUUUUCUUCAUUCUGAGCGAAAACUCUAGAGACUGUUUGAGUGAAAAUCCCAGGAGAUCAGCAGAAAUGCUCAAACCAGCCUGUCAGUUGUGACAUCAUUCUGACGUUCGAUGUGAAGAUUAACUGAAGCUCCUGACCUGUUUUUAUGCAGUGCACUGCUGCCACAUGAUUGGCUGAUUGGAUGGCUUAAUGAAUAAUCAGGUGCACAGGUGUUCCUAAUAAAGUGCUCAUUGAAUGUAUGAACACACACACACACACACACACAUAGAAAUAUAUAUAUAUAGACCUGAAGCUUAUCUUGUCCAUGUAAUAACCAAGUCUAUUUUAAUGAAUUACUUAAAAUAACAUUCUAUCACAAAAAAAAAAAAACUCUCCAUAAAAUCCCUUCUUCAAUUUUCAGUCCAAAAUGGCUGCCGUUUCCCCAUUGGGAAAACACUUAUCUACGUCUGCCAAGCCCGAUAAGAAUCUCUGUUGCAGUCCGAAAACAAACACACUCAAGGUCAUCAGGCCCAACAGAUACCGAUCUCACACUGACCUCUGGCAGGCAGAUCUUAUCCAGUGGCAAGUGAGCAGAUGCGGCUGAUUGCUGACCAGUCAAUACCUUGGUAGGAGACUGACUGGGUCUUACAGGGCUGACAUUGAGGGGGACACUGCUGUUUUUAUUUCUCUGCGCUGCCAGCAAGAAAGUGGAUGACUCUCACACAGGUCAGCUAAUCAGGCAGCUGGAGGGAGGUUAGAGUAUUCCUACUGGACCAGAUGUCCAACAGUACGUGUUGAUGUUUGACAAAGGAGUGCAUACAAAUCGCUAGUUAUCAAAAAGGCUAUUAAACCUACUCCUUAAGUAGAUUAAUAUCAGUGAGAAACAAAAGGUGAAAGCAUCAUCUUGUGCUCGUCAUACUUUACCGUGAACACGUCUCCCGCUUUUGUGGAAUUAGAAAAUGUUGACUCGUCAAGAACCUUAUAUCUUUCAUCAACCAGACGUAGAGAUGAGGAGUUUAUGGCGAGCUACUCUCUGCAGCAGCUGCAGUGAACGUCACAUUAUGUAAAAGCCAUGUUGUGUAUGUAUAGCAAGAAGGCAUGAAAAUGUUUGAAAAAUGGGAAAGAAAUGAAAAAUCUUAAAUAAUUUACUUCACAAAAUGGACUGUGUUUGCAUGGCACUGUAUUGUAUGUAUGCAUGUAUUUAAUUUUUCUGUAUGAAGUCUGCGUAUUUUUUAUUUUCUAUUUUUUUGCUACGCUGUAGUGCUUUCUGUUUGUUGUUUCGAUGGAUAUUCUGUAACACCAUGUGCUGCAAAAGAACAAAAUGAGUCAUAUCUGUUCCAAAACUAAAGCCAGAGGAUAUUUCGUGUGUAAAAUACCUGUAAAUUACUCUUUUCUAUAUUUUCUAAGAAAAAAAUAUAUGAUAGAAAGAUUUUUAAUGACAGAAUUUUCUUAAAAAAAAGAACAAAAAGGGAAAAAAGUUGAACACAGUAGGCCAGUAACAAACAGUGGAAUGUUACCAGUAUACUAGAUCUUAUUCCUUGCACACUACAGUGUCAAUGUUUGUUGAUGAUUCACGUUUCUAUGUGGGAAACUGUUGCCACCAUUUUAUUGUUUGUUUGUGUGUCUUGACUCCUUUAUAACAUCUACUUAGCACUCACAUUUAUUCAGCAGUCCUUUUCUAAACAACAACAACAACAACAACAACAACAAAAUUCUAUCAUGCUUUGUAAUGAUCAUUUUUAACAAACAAAAAGGUUAGAAAUUUACAAAAUAUACAUGGAAUCUCCGAUUUAUGUCAUGAACAUCUGCUAUGAGCUUCGCAGCUAAGAUAUCAAUAUUUAGCAUUAUUGUUAACUCCUCCGAAACAUCACUUCUAGAUAGAAAGCUAUUGCGACUGGCUUUUUGUUUUUACAAUUAGCAUAAUUCCCAAUGCCAAAUGCUGUCUUGAUUAGGCUACUAUGUAUUAGCACCAUCAUAUGGCUUCAUUAGAAACUAAUAGAAAUUCCUCUACAGCAACACACUGAGGACUCACCAAUAGGUUAUUGAAACAGCAUGUGAUCUGUGAUAUUUAAAACACACUUUAUCAAACACACUUCAUAUUGUUUUUGGCAAACCUUUCAUGGAAACCCUGCUUAAAGGAUUGAGCCUGCAAUUAUUUAAUAUUUUCCUAAUGUCAACAAAUCCCUUGAAAAGAUCAAAACCAACAGUUUCUCAAGACUUUCUGACUUCCCUACCACGUCAAGCCUUGUGGUUCCCAUCAUCAAAAACUUCAUCAUUAUAAAGACUAAUUAAUUCCCGGAAACAGCAGGGCACUGUAGUAUUUAUCAAAUGUUACUAAAACCGUGAACUCAUAUGUUGCAUGAAUCUGAUCAAAUCACCAGUACUACAGUGCUAACAGUAGGUCUGGCUGGUAGCCAGAGUUCAAGGGGCAAAAAGUGUUUGAAAGUUUGGUUCAGUUGAGCCCUCUGGCCCCUCCCCAACCGUGAUGUAAUAGGAAACACUACGAGUUGUAUUACAAAUAUAAAAAGGAGAUCAAUGAGUCACUGUAGACUGUUAGCUUUAGCUAGCUUUAAUAAUAUUUAGCUCUCUGCAGCGGCAUUAAACGCAUGGGCUCACUAAUAACUGUACAAUACUUUUGUAUUGUUUAACAAAGAAUUUAAGGCUGACAAACAGCAACAUUAACUGUGACAAACACAAGGCUAUGACUACACUCCCCUACAAACACAAACACACACACACACAAACACACAGACCAUAGAGCCUCUUGUAGCAGAACUGCUAGCACAGCUACAACAUAAAGCUCUGCCAGACUUAAUUUUUUUUGACAACAGUGGAGCUUUAUGGCACAGAGGAAUAUGAUAGAUCAGGCUUUGGCCACAAAACAAGCAAUAUUUGUACUAGUAGGAUCAAUGGAUUAAUGGUUUUGGUCUCUCAUGGGAUUUGUAGACGACAGCAUUGCCAGUCUCAUUCUUCAAAAAAUAAACCUGGUGUACUUUAUCAUUAAAUCUGAAGAGGUGCCAGAUACAGCAGCUGACAUGCAUUUCCUCUGCGUGUCUUUGCUCAGAACAUUAUACAUGUGUUGUAAAUUUUGGUUGUUUGAGUCACAUUUACACACCUGCUUUAUCUUCAUAUGAAAACUAACUUUCAUCUAUAAAUGCAAAAAGAUAACGGUGACCAUUUUUACAGUCAGUCAAACCUCUUUAAGUGUUGCACAUUUUCUAAUGUUACAAAUAAGUCAUUAGGUCCUGCUGUAUUAUUGCCCUUUUUGUCUUCUAUGGUGAUACUGUGAUAUUACAGCUGAUGUAUCCUUAUGACAGAUGGGCUUCAAAUGGGGUGUUAGGUGAGGUUACCUCAGAAUCUUUUUUUUUUUUUUCACUUAGACUAAUGAGUACAAUGCAUGAUAAUCAAAAACGCAAAAGCAGAAUUAAAAUAGAAAUAUAUACGACUAAACAUUUGCUGGUAUUUCAAAAGUCAGUGUUUUGGCAGGUAGAUUAGAUGAGUGUACUGUAUGUCUCAUGGAGUCCUUCUGACCAUGCACCAGCACAUUUUCAGUUUCUACAACCAGGGACAGCACAAUAUUUCCACAAUACAGGGCAAUAAAAUUAUGCAAUCGCCACUUCGCUUGUUGAAUAAUCUACUUGGUAAAUCGGUUUCAGCCACGGCCUCAGAGGACAAAUUACUGUUUUAUUGUAACUCAUCUAUCUCAUGUGUCAAGCCACAAAAAAUAGGCCCGUGCUCCCCUCAUUCAUCAAACCUGUUAUUUAGUGGCAUCUAGUUCAGCAUUUCCGAUGAUGUUUCAACAUUGUGCAGAAGGUAACAAGCUCAGAUGGAAGUGAGGUUAUUUUAGUAACAUUAGUCCCAUAGAGUUCGGUUCCUGUUGGUGAAACAGGCAUAUUCUAUAAUGUUUAUCUUCUAUCUAUCUAUCUAUCUAUCUAUCUAUGAUGCAAUGAUUUGUUUUCUUCAUAAUUCAUUCUAAUUACUAACCUGGCAAUACUCAUAGGUUUUGCAUUCCUGUCAAAAAGCUACUGUUGUGCUACUGUUUCCCUAUCCUUGCCCACACAACACUGUCUGACUGAUGGUCUUGUAUAGCUUUCCUGGUGUGACUUUUUUUUGACCCAAACAUCUGGAACAAGGAGCAUACGGUGGAAAUGUAAAAUGUGCCCAUGUAACUGUAGUAAGAGUACACUUUGUUGUUUGUUCUUAUUAUAAGUGUGCAUUUGGGGGAUUCUGGUCUGUUUGAUUUAGCCAAAGUCUGAGCCUUAUACUGUGUCUUAAAAGGGUAUACCACCUGAUUUAAGAAGGUACAUAUGCAAUGUGUUUUUUGUGUUUUUUGGACAGUCCUGUCAUUAGCAUGGUCAGCUCUCCCUCAAACCACACACUGCAAAUAAUAGUUGCAAAUGGCAAAGGAACACACUUUUAGGGUUACAUAUGGUUAUCCCCAUACACAUCCCCUGAAAAACGAAUAUGUAAUGUAUCUGCAGAAUUCCUGGUAAUACUUUGACUGUAAGAUAGACCGCACAAAGCUUUCUACUUCUGGACUACCAAGAACUAAUUUGCUACUAAUUCUGGGUUAAUUCUUAAUUAAAAAUGAAAUCUUUUCAAACUGAACACAUGGCAGAAUGAGUUAUGGCUUCAAUCUGCCAAGCUUCAGUCACUCCAGCUUAAAGCUUGUAACAUUUAGGCUACAGAGAUGUUUUCCUAUUUAUAGCUGGUACUUCGGGUGCAGCAAUAACAGUUAAAAAUUUCAAGUGGCCACAGCUGUCUCUUUAAAUUGUUAAAUCUUUCUUUAGCAAACCACAAAUUCUUCUUUUUGUCAGUUAGCAGGUAUUACUAGUCUCACAUCUGCUAUAUUGUAACACAAGUUGUGUAACAUUAUCAAGGAUGAGGUUGUUGUCCAUGCCAGAGCAAGAAAGGUUGUAGCAGCUAAACUGUUCUGUAAAGAUAAAGAUUUAGUCAUUGUCCUCCGGAUGCUCUACAAUCAUAUUUUAAAAGUAACCAUGUAUAAAACAUCAGUGGAGUGUUUCCAUUGGUUUUAUGAGUCUGGUUAUUCAUUCUGGGAGUCAAAAUGUUCUUCGAAUUUUGUACAAAUUUGGUGCGUUUCUUAACGAGUCUGUAACAUUUCUGAACGGAAGAAAAUGUUGUUGCUAAACUGUAACUUGAUUGAACAGUGGCAACAAUGUCAACAAGGGACAAACGUGAGAUAAUGCUGAAUGGUAAAAUAUUAUUUAACAGUAGCAUAAAUUGAGAACUGUCAUCAGUCAGUCAGCUCAAUGACUGACUGCAUCAAUGCAUCAUCUUUAUUAAUGUUAGCUAACAUUAGCUAACACUAGCCGACAUUAGCUACGAGUCAUAGCACAGCAAGAAAGGUUGUAUUGGCAAAAACCCUGAGUUGAAUCAGAUGUAGAGAAAUCAGAUAAAAACACAAUUCCCUUCUAGUUAAUCUGCGGUACAUUUUAAAAUGUCAUUCAUUCAGUCGCUGUCUGGUUUUACUGAGCUGCUCCAAACGUUCUGGUUUUGAGGUAGACAUGAUCAUGAAACCUGACCGGACUGUUUGACGAGGAUAAGUUUCUCAAACUGGGUGGUAUUCCUCUUUUAAGAAUUGUAAGCACCUGGUAGCUUCACACGUCCAUGCUCUUCAUGUAACCAGUAGCAUUGCCUUACGUAUGUUUUCCAGUAUUUGCGGUACUUUUCUUACAUUAUGACCGAGAUAUCAGAGUAACGUUACGUCUUCAGAACCAGGUGCAGGAAAGAUCACUGUGAAGAAACGAUGUUGAUUCUUUGCAUGUUGUGUGAAUAGGUGAGUUUGAAGGUAACUUGUCGCUGAUACUGUGGAAUUAAGGCUUUACAGUGCUGUUUAUUCUCAAUGCCUUUCUCAUACCUAUUCAUCUUACAACAGUCACUUGCAGUCACAUGACAUUGUACCUGUGUUGUUGUUAUGAAACUGAGAGAAGAGCAUGCAUGUUUGUGCCCAGAAAAUUAUGAUUCACAUUUGUGCGAUUUUGCAGAAAUUGUAAUCCCCUUCUCCCCACCUCGAGUCAGCGUUAACAUUCCCCAUCUUGUGUAAAUGCUUGUGUCGCACAGCUGUUAGACCAGUGUACAGCUCUGCAUGGCUUUGUAUUGUACACAGACACGUUCACACAUGUGGCCAAGGUAUACUCUUCUAAAGAGGAACAGGAAAUCACCGGCUCAGUCUUUGUUUUGAUCGUUUUUUUUCUGGUCGACUUCUCGGUAGUUGGCAGAGCUUGAACUCUGUUUUGCUAAUCUAUGCCUCUUACCAAGCAAGCUGGAAGAUUUAACCUCAUUUGACUGCAGUGACAGAGAGAGAACUACAAGGGGAGAAAAAAAAAGAGAGAGCUAGGCGAGGAUGAGAGAAAUGUUAGAGGGAGGAAGAGAUAAAGAAAAAGGAUGCCAGCAAAACAGGAGGUAAGCCCUCAUUUGAAUUUGAGAAGAUUUCAGCAGCAGGGAUGAUGGGAAGUUUUUUUCCGGUGAGGGGACUUGUCGUGUGAAUGGAGGGUGACUGCGGCACUGAGGGAAAUGUUCAUAUUAAGUCCUUUGCUAAUGUGAUGAGUCUUUACCGGCUUAGUUUACUUACCGCACAGAGGAAGUUGGUCGGUUGUGACAAAAUGUAGAUUUGCUUGUUUCAGAGGAAAGGACUCCAUCUUGAAAACGGCACAUUUUUACCGCUGUUGUCAAGACGAUGUCACUCUUAUUUUCCCCAGAAGAAAGGCGAGUUAUCUGAGAUUUAUCUAAGAUUUUAUGACUUUUUACAGGGGUACUCCAGCAUGUUCAAAUUGCAUUGUCAUAACUUGGAGAACUUUCAAAUAAUGGUAAUUAAUGCAGCAAAAAGCAAAAUAUCUGGAUUUUUAGUUCCUACUAUGCAGGGACAGAUUAACCCACUAUGGGGCCCUAGGGCUCAUCAGCCUAAUAUCAACUGACAUUUUAAAGACCUACAUGAACACAAUAUUUCAGCCAAUGUUUGAACAGCUUUGGUUAUUUCACAUGAGAGAUUUCUGUUCCUGUGUUUUUGUUCUGUCUUCUCUCACUGGUUUGAAGUGGGCGGGGCUCAGCUGGACACAGAUGAUGUCACAUAUUUCCUUGCUCCAAUUGGAGAUCAGCAACAUUUGAAUCAAAAUGUGAUCACAGCUGAGGAGUAGUUUGCUCACAGUAUGUUGUCAGCACUCAAAUGUGUUCAAACCUCACCCACACGGUUCUGAUGAAACUGAAUAAAAUCUAUAUAAACUAAAAAUGUUUUCUACCCAACUUUAACUUUUAUUGUUGCUUAUUGCGAUAUCAUGGAUAUUAAAGGUACAGACGCCCAGUCACAGCCUCAUGUGGGUAAAAAUAGAGCAGCCACCGUGGGGCUUCUAUCAUUGCAGUUUUUAAUUGUGCUUCACUGGUGCAUACUGGCAAACAAAUUUUGUAAUUAAUCAAAUUAUAAAGUAGCUGCCUCACAGACAACCUGGGGCUUUUAGGGUCUAGGUCGCUGGGGCAGUUGCCCACUUUCCCCUGUUUCUUUGCCAAUAUUGGUCAAGCUCCAAAAACGCUGGAUCUUACACUUUCCAUAACGCCACUCGAUGGCAUCUUCCAUUAAACUGUUUCUGCCUCAAUCAACACCUUUAAUACAAUUUACACUCCAGGUUAUUAAACAGGUUUCCUGCUAAAAUUUGUAGUUUGACGUGUAAAUUGCUGGAGUGCCCCUUUACACCUUGGUAAACGAGAAUUCAGCUUUUAAUUUCUUCUCAAUUUGAUGGUAUGUAUCAAACUAAUAUGUCUUAUAUGAAGCCGUAGAGAAAGUAGAAAGACGGCAGUGUGUGUUUGGGCUUUAUACUGCAUGGCAGUGGAAGUUUUACUGUACACAGCGACAUCAUAGGGGCUUUUUACAAUCCCCUAACGUUUUACUUCCUGAACUGACGGAGACUGGCAGCGGGAGCGGCUGCUGUCGUGUUGUGCUCCGUUGCAGUAUUAUUGCGCCAAGCUGCCUUGGCCAGAGAUAUUUUUGGCUCCCACCUUGUCUUAAUCCUGUCGUGAUUCUCCGAUGGAUUAUUCAUGCUUCCUCUCUUCCUCUCCUCCUUCCCCCUCUCACCCCGCCUCCUCACUUUCUCACCCUCUUCUUUUUUUUUUUUCCUUUCCUCAUUUUACACUACCCCAUCCUCCCCUCCUGAGCACCUUCCCUUUCCACCAGUCUUCCUCUUAAUAGAGCCAUAUCAUUAUCAUGCCUGCGUGGUCCCAGCCUGAAAGUGUGCGCUCCCAUGCUGGGGAUCAUUUCUAUAAUUUAUUCAUUCAUUAGGUUAUGUAAUGUAUCUGCAGUUCUCUCCAUACCCUCCAAAUAUAUAAAUAAAUAAAUAUUAAAUCAAUAAUCCUGUUAACACCACAACCGACCUUUUAAUGUAUCCCUCUUCUCUCCCCUUCAUUUAGAUUGCUUCUGCUCAUAACCUGUUGAAGCAGUGUGAAUUCCCCGCCGAGGGCUGCUGUGAUAAUUACUUGACAAUUGUCUCCUUUGCUCUUUUUCUCUCCCUCUCUACCUAAAGAAAAACCACAAUGACUUCUGAUGAUGAAUAUAGUUGAAAAGUAUAUGAACAUAUAUAUUUCACUAGAGACUGAAAGUCCAUUAGCCUGAGUAUGAGAGAACUGCGAGGGAGAGUGAAGUCUUUAUUAUUUUAUUUAUGGUUUGUGACUAUCACUGUGCGAAGUUGCUCACGAGUAGUGCAGCAAUCACAGGAAGUUGCUGGUCGUGUGCUGAGCGGAAGUGACGCUCAGGCUCAGUUGGUUAUCUAGGUAACUGUAGUUCUAAUUCUAUAUUUUAUGCUGUGUCUCAAAUCAGAUACUUCAGUCAGUACACUCACAUGUAGUACACUGUGUACGCAGUGUACUCAACUGGCGUAGUGUGCGAAUCUCAACAGGGUAGUGUUGUCUCGACUGAAACACUUCUGUUGUGCUCUCACCGGAAAUGACGAUUGCAACAUGCGACCUCGAUAGUCAGCCGCCGCUUUGCUCGCUUGAUUUGAAAAUGAACGCUUUAUUUUCCCGCUCUGUUAUGCAACAUGGAAAUUGAGCCGCCGCCUUUCAAAAGUUUGAAAUUACAUUCAUGGUUCCUGCCCUUCCACUACGUAGUCGAGGUGGCGACCGUUGAGAUUGAGAAGUGUCCGUCACGAGUUCAACAUCCGGAUACUUGUAGUGCACUGCAUGGUGCCGUACCUGACAAUGUGCACGCACCUAUGCACGCAAAAUAGAAAGUGUGAGUUCGGAAGUAUGUGAACUGAGACGCAGCAUUAGUUUGUCUUAAAGACUAUGAACAGAUCUUACAACUUGCUGACCUUAGUGUGCAUCCAGUCCACUUUCAGUUUCAGAGUACGUCCACACUAAGCCAGCGGGAUUUGAAAAUACACCAUUUCCUCUUCCAUUUUGGCGCUUUGUCCGCACAAUAUUUCACUCCUUAUAUACGACAAUAGCUGUGACCGAAGUGUAUUUUAAUGCUUCGAGGCUAUUUUCUUCCAUUCUACAUUUGCAGCUACACUGAGUAGAGUGCCUGAAUGCAUCCUGUAGAGACGCACAGGGACGACUGACGCUGCUGCAGCUCUGCUAACAUGUUACACAGGCUGUGUAGGCAGCAUGUAAGCCGCUCACCCAAAGACUGUGGGUUGGUGCAUUUGACACCGUGUUGUGUGUUUUAAUGUAUAAACAGUGUAAACACCAAUUACAGGAUGUAUCCCUACACGGUAGCUAAGAUUUUUUGUUGCCUCUAUACAUUUCGGUGAUCACUCAUUUUAAAUGUCACUAUAGCAGAUUCUCAGUACAGGUGUUGGGAUUAAGUUGUAUUCAUGAUGAUUCUGAUCCAUGUCUCACUGCAGCAAAGCGGGAUUUAGUCUUUGUCUGAUUCAGAGGCAGCUUUUAUAGGAGCUACUAGAAAAAUAAAAAUAUAUUGAUGGUAAAAUUUGUACACGGGGGAAAAUAUUUAGAGGGUUUGAUCCUUUUAACACGUAUCUAUCAUACUACUGAAUGAAGCAAGGAUUAAUAAUCUAUGUCAGAAAAACCACUCAGAGCUGAGUAUACAUCAAACACUGUGCAAGUCCCAUUGGUGUAUUUAUGAUGUAUUUAACUUGAGAUAUAAAGAGAAAUUCAUAUCAAAUCCAUAGGCACAGAUUUUCUACUAUAUGACCCCUAAGCAGCUCUACACUUGCUGUUUCGAAUGACAACAGAAACAGAAAAAUAAUGUGAAUGAGAACAACAUUGAGUGUCAAUGCUUAUCAGAUGCUACCAGAUGCCAGAUGCCAUUUUCACUUUGUUUUGGCAGUUUACUGUGAACAGAAGUUUUGACAAAAAUGACCUUAAAAUACUAUUGUGGAUUGUUAAAUUGAGUCACUUUUAUUUAGACCAAUCCUUCAAUUAAUUAAUAAUUAAUUAAUAAAUUCAACUAAUUUAAAAAGGAGAAAAUUUAUAGUAUAGUGUGGAUGAGUGUUGUUUUCACAUUUAAAUAGUGUUUUAAAAAAUGAGCUGGCUUAGUGUUGACCUACUUUCAGACUGAUGACUGUAGUUGGCUAGGUGCUACGUUGUGUCAGUAAGUGGUCUGUAGACAGGAAAAGUCAAGAGUUUAAGGAUUCAGUGAUGAGUCAGUGUGAGUCAGUUAAUCAACCUGUUUUCAACAGAAGAAUAAUCUGCAUAGCUCUUGAUAAUUAUUUCACGUCAUUUAUCAAGCAACAAAAUCUCUUUCCAGUUCCAGCUUGUUAUUUGUGAAGAUUUGCUGGUUUUCUUUGUCUUCUGCGACACUCAAUUUAAUUUUACCAUUAAAUUGAACUAAUUUAACCUUUUUUUUUUUUUUUUGGACAUAGCAAGAUAUUUGAUGACAUCACCUUGGGCUUUGAUAAACUGUGUUGGGCAGUUUUGACUAUUUUCUGAUGCUUAUAGACCAAAUGAUUAAUCUUGGAAAUAACUAGCUGUUUAAUCGAUCAUGAAAAUAAUAGUUGUAAUUUGUCACUACUGACUUUCUAAAAUAAAGUAAUAGCACAAAAAAAAGAGUUAUAAUAGAAAAAAGUAGUUCUGAUACACAUUUAAUGUCGUUUUAGGCAGUGUAAUAGUAUCGUGAUAUUUAUCAUUACACAGAUUAAUAUUUAAAUUCACCCCAAGUCUUCGAUAGAUGUUGAGAAAUUAAAAUUUGGAUGAAUCAUCCACUGCAGCUGCUCAUAAACAACAUACGUAUGCAUGAAAUAGCUACAACACAAAUACUGCAGCAUGUACUGGCCCUUUGGUCGUCACUGAUGUUCUGAAAUAAACACACAUUAUCCAAUAAGGAUUAGAUGAAAGCAAAUACAUCCUGUCAGCUUGUGUGUACUUCUGUGAUGUGUGUGACUUCUGUUGCAGCUGUACUCUCAUGAACUCUACUUUCCUCUCAGAUGUCAACAUCAGCUAAUGUGGAAUAACACAAACCUUCACGACAGCAGCAAAUGAACAAGCAGUCUUCCAUAAAUGCAGACAUAUAGGUGACAAAUUAUCAGCGGGGAAAAAGACCUCUCGGACAUCCUAGCUAUAGUCAUCAAUAAUGAACAAUAGAAAAUAGAAACGGCAAAGGAAAAAAAAUGCAGAAGGGUCAGACUGAAAUCACCUGGGUAAAAUAUUAUCCUGAAUCCUUUUCCUAAAGCUUUUUCACAGUGACUGAUUGAACAGCCAACUGCAUCAUCUGCCAAAAUUUUUCCAAUUUUUGGCAACAACUGCCGAAUCAAAAAAGAUCCGGACGUACACGACACGUGGAAGGAUUUUGGAUAGGAUUUGAGCCCAGGCUUGUGUACUGUAUACAUUACUCUUGUAGCUGAAGGAGCUAAACACCACCAAUCAGACCAGCCAGAAGUAGAAACCAUAGUGAGUCGAUGAUAUACAGGAAUGUCUCAGUUUCAAUUUAUUAGACGACGUAUGCUUUUGAAUGCUCUGAAUAUUUUAAAUGUAAACUCUUUUUCUACUGCCUGCUAUGUUGAAGCUAUAAAUAGUAUGCAUAUGAUCAAUCUUUUAUACUUGACAGAAAAAAAACAUGAUUUUCAUUAAAAGAGCUUUUGUCUAUGAACCACUUGCAGUGACGUCUGUUGUUUUUGUCUGUUUUAAUUUCAUUUCUGAUUUUAGUAAAUUCCCAUCAGCCAACUAAAAAGACAUGGCUGUGGACAGGUAUGGAGAGUUUAGCUUUCUUCUUCUACAGAAGCUUAAAGCACCUGCCUGUUGUAAUUGUGAGAUCACAACUGUAAUUAUGUCCCUAUUGUGAAAUAACACCUGAAGUGUUGUUGCUGCCGUUGACAACAUUUUUAUGGAUUAUUAUUAACAUACUUUGCAAGUGAUAAAAAUAUAUCCGAAUGUUUUUUAUGGCCAAAGAUGAGGGAUACAGUGUGUAAUAAAUUUAGAGGCAGUGAAACCCUCUUCCUAAGCUACUGCAACUUUGAAACAUAUUUAA